AGUAUUGUUAAUUCUUAAGAGCUUUCUACCUUAAUUUGAGUGUUUAAAUGAAGAAAAUGGAAAAGUGUAAGUCCAGAUCAACUUCUGCUUCAACUCGGACCCCAAAAAUUGAAAGAAAAAUUGUUGAGAAAAACAGAAGAAAUCGGAUGAAGGAUCUCUUCUCUGACCUCCUCUCCCUCCUCCCGGAUCAUGGCUCCAAGAAGGCGAUGCACUUACCCGAUCAAGUAGAUGAAGUUGUGGCAUACAUCGAGAACUUAAAGAUUAAUGUGGAGAAGAUGAAGCAGAAGAAGGAGUUCUUGCCAAGAAAAAGAUCCAAUUCUUGUGUUACAAGUGAAAUUCAAGCCCCCACAAAGUCUUCAACACCAUUUGUUGAAGUUCAUGAUAUGGGACCAAAUAUGGAUGUUAUUUUAGUUAGUGGACUAGACGAUUUAUCAAAAUUUUACAGCAUACUUCACUUGCUUCAAGAAGAUGGUAUUGAAGUUGCCAAUGCAAAUUUUUCCGUACAUGGAAAUUCCACCAUCCAAAUUCUCCAUGACAAGGUUGGGAAGUCAAGAAUGGGAGUUGGAGCUACAACAAUGUCAAGAAGGCUCAAGGAUUUGAUUUGUGGAUCCACAUGCAGCGAAGUUGGAUCAAAUAUUGAUUUAUGGGAUUCUGAAAUCCAAUCAGAUAUUUGGGGAUACGAAAUUCAAGAAUUCAUGGAACCUUACUUUAGUUGGAAUGUUGUCAGGGAAUCCGAAUACAUGUAACCUUUUUUAAGGUACUCCAUGAGAGGGUCAUCUUCAGUCCCAUAGUAGUUGAUAGCGCCUUGUCCAGUGUCAUGAGUCAUUACUAUUUAAAGUUAUUACCUAGUGAUGAUAUCGAGAUAUUGUACUCAAUCAGUUCACCAAGGUAUAAGCUAAUUUUGUCUUCUAAUGAUAGGAUAUGAUUGAAUAAAGGCAGUAAGAAUUGAGCUAAGGCU